AUGGAAUCAUUGUUAAAGGAAACUGAAGAAAUUAAAUCAAGACAAAAGUUAAUUGAUAUUUUGAAAAGAUCACAGAAAAUAUUACCAGAUGCUUCACCAUUUUCUGUUACUCUUUUUUAUACAGAAUUAAUUAUAAAUUCAUUUGUUCCAUCAGUUAGGUCAUUUCUAACCUCUAAUGAAAUUGACAAUCUUUUAUACCCUACAUUUUUACUUCGCCCAAAGGAGGCCAUCGAAGUUAUCUCUCUUACAUUGGGAAAUUUUACUGAAGAAACACAUAAUACUUAUUUUAAAUUUGAAAAUAUUGCACAAAUUUUGAGAUUAACAAUUGAUUCAGAAAAAAAUUUAUUUAAUAUAUUUCAAGGUAUUUCAAAUGAUUCAGAAGUUAAAUUAUUUAUUGAUAUUUUAUUAAAUAUUCGUAUCAAAAUAUGUAAUUUAAGAGGUAUCUUCAAAAAACAUGGUAUAAUUAAUGAAUUAUUAAAUGAUUUGGAAAUUUGUUAUGGAAAUGUUCCAUUUAUUUUGUUAAAAACAAAUAUGUCUCAUUUUAUUUUAUAUUUUUGUUAUAAAAUUAGUCAAUUCAAUGAAAACUUAUGUUAUAAUAUUGUCAAAAAAUUAUUUGAACAUACGGAAGUGAAUGAUAUCUUUAAAAAUUAUCGUGUACUACACAGUAAACAAUACCAAUAUUUAUUUAUUGUUUUAUUAAAAUCUUCUUUUACUGUAUCAGAAUUGAUAUCUAUAUACAAAAAUAAGAAUAUUGGAAUAAGGGAAGCUGCAUCGUCAAUAGUCACAGAAUUAAUGAUGGAUAUUUCUAAUUCAAAUGGAGUCAAAAUUUUUAAUAAAUUUGUUUUUGUAAUAUCUGAAUGUUUAUCUUCACAGGAAUAUUUAGAUAUAGUAAAGUCUAUUUUAGAAAAAUUUGAAAAUCAAUUAGAUAUGCCAGAUUUUGUGAGUGUUGCACAGUUAUUAAAUAUUGCAGCUGCUUUAAAAAUUAUGAUAAGAAAAGUUAAUGAUAGUGAAAAAGAAGAUCUUAAGGAACAUAUUCAAAAAUUUAUUAUGUGCAGUUGGAAUUCGAUGCUUAGUGCAGAUGAAAGUAGAAAACAAAUUACAUUUCAUUUUAUUGCAUGGUUUAUUGAAGAAAUUAAAUAUCAUGAAGAUAAGUACAAGAAUAUCAAAGAUUGGGAAGAUGAAAAUUUAGUCAAAAGUUGGGAAUUGCUAUUUCUUGAAAAAAUCUUUGAUAAUGUUGAUGUUAAUGAACAGGAGACAUCUAAUACUAUAGAGAACACAACAAUUGAGAUUAAAAAUUUUAGUAUUGAUGAUUCAUCAACAUGUCUUGAUAGUGACGAUGAUGAUUUGCCUUCAUUUUUAAAAACAUCAAAUAAGAAAUCAUAUAAAAAGGAUUUAGAUAGUGAUGAUGAAACAGAAGAAAUUUACAAAGAAUUUCAUUAUAUUUCUGAUUGUAUAAAUGAAAUUUCUGACACAGAAGAUCGGUUAACAUUUAUUGGAGGAGUACAAUGUUUAGAUUCACUACUUAAGAAAAAAGCUUUAGGAUAUAAAGAUUUUGCACCAAUAAUAUUAAAAAUGUUUCUUCAUAUACAAAAUAAAUUUUAUUUUGAAGAUUUCGAGAAAUAUCGUGAAAGUAUUCUUGUUUCUGUAUUAACUUUUAAUCCACACUUAAUAAUUCCAUUUAUAAAAUCAUUUGUAAAUGAAGUAACGUCAUCUUUUGAAAGAUUACUAUCUCUGGAUGUUUUAAAUUUAACAGCUUCAAAAUUAAAAAAAGUUAAUCCAAAAGUUUUUCACCAAAAGAUAAGUGAAAUUAUUUCUACUUUACUUUGUGUUUUUUAUGGAAACUCUUUGAUAAUGAAUGACUUGGAAGGCAAUCAAUCUAUAAUUACAAAAAUUUUACUAACAAUUGGUGAUUUAGUAAUUAUAGCGGAAAAUACACCACAAAUUGUAUCAAUUGUCUCGAAAGUCUUCAGAAUAUUAAAAAUAAUACGUACUUACAAUAAGCAAACAUUUAAUACACCUUGUAUAUCAGUAUACAUUGCAAUAACUAAAUCAUGUAAUUCUUCUGUUCUAAAAGAUUCAUUAGAGGGAGAGUUAAAAGAAGUACUGAUGUGGGUCACUAAUAUGAUUAGUAAUGUUAAUUCUCUAAUGAAUGAUGAAAAAUUUAUGUCAAGUGAAGAUAAAUUUACCCAAAGAGAUUAUGCAUAUCAUUUAAUAAAAAAUAUUCAAUCAAUUUUAAAUAACAAAUAA